CUGGGUAAGUGUUUCUGGGAUUUGUAGUUCUUUUCCCAGCUACGGUACCGGAAGUACUUGACCGCUGGUAAGCUAGGUCACAUUGUCGGUGUUUUGUAAUGUUUUGAACGACCUUUCCACAAUGGAAGCUGCCAAAACAGAGGAGAUCCACCUAAGACAUGUGGAAACUGACGUGCUCAUCCCCAAAUUGAUGAGGGAGAAAGCCAAGGAGAUCUGCGCCGACAGAGUUCAAGCUUUCAACCACUGCUGCAAAGAGUCCGGUUUCCUGAUGGUGGUGAAGUGUCGAGAGGAGAAUGCCGCUCUGAAGGACUGUCUGACACAACACUACAAGGACCCGGCCUUCUUUGAGCUGUGUAAGCAGGAAUACAUCCAAGAAAGAACAGAGUUUGAGAGGACGGGGAUCCCAGCCAAGAACAGGAAACAAAAACUCCCAACCAGUAUGUAACGGCGUCAUCGUUGAUCUCGCUGCGAAUGACGACGCUCGGUCCUCAGGGAGCUGUGAUGGUCAUCGGCAAACCGCGUCACCUCAUUCCGUUUUGUCACAGUGGGCCAGAAUCGUAUUUGAUCAAACAAAUCAUGCAUAUGUACAUUGUUUGCAAAUAUCUAAUGUAAAGUCAUUACAAUGUACCAUAUUGUACUUGAAUGACCCUAAAAAUAUUUGUCUGUACUUUGGAUUAUUUGACAUUAAGUUGAUUUAGUGCAUCAAUGGUGACUUCUGAGUGGAGUUCUACUCUGAUUUCGGGGAGGAUGAGCGUAGUUCCGGUUAGUUGCUGGUGUCACUUAAGUAGACAGUUUGGCUUCUGAAAACAAUAUGCCUUCAAAAGAGUAAAACAUUUGCAUUUUGCUAACAAAACAAGUCCGACCUCUCCGUCUGUAUCACUAUGUGCUCCCGCUGGUCCAUUGUUGUGGUCCGUGUUCCACGGCGGAUGGAGAGCUUUGCGACAGGAGUGUCACCGUUGAUGCACUACACUGCUGGUGGGGACGCUAGCAGAUCCAACUUAUUCUCCAAAAAUCUGAUCUAUCCUUACAACAUGAAAUAGUAAAUGUGUAUUUUAACUUAAAAAGAUGCUGAAAAGAUAUUUCAUGUAAUUAAAUGUGUGUAAAUAUCCAGAGCCGAUAUGUCAUUUCCUA